AUGCGCCUACUUUUCCUGCCCUACAAGCCCACCUCCGACGCCACCUCGGAUGCGCCUGCAAGGCCUAAGAUAUCGCACCAAAAGCAUGCGGCUCGGGAACAUCAUCGGAAAGCAAAAUUGACUAAACAGCGAUUGAAGUCGAACCAAAAAGUCUCCAGCCACGAAGUUCAGGAUUCUGCAGACUCCAGGGGACAAUUCAUCGAGUGGAAAGUGGAUGAUGAGCCAGAAGAGCGACAAAUGAGGACAAGCCCGAUAACAAUUCUCGGGGCUGGCAGAUUAGACCCUUUCGAUGUCUAUUGUGCUCCGAAUCAGCCACUGAUGGUGCACGAGAUGCUUGAUCAUGCAAUAUCAUGCCAGUGGUCACUUUUUGCACCCGAUGACAGCAUAGAAGCCUUGAAUGUGGUGAGGAGAUCGGUCAUGAAUCUGGCCAUUGAUUCGCCCUUGCUAUUCAAUACCCUUAUUUUUGCCGGUGCAACGCAUAAGGCAUUCCACCAAUCACCAACGGUCGACAAUCGGAAAAGCCAGAUUCUGCGCCUAACUUGCAAGGUUAAAGCUCUUGAAUCUUUGCGCAAGGCGCUGAGCUCCCCAGACACUAUGUGCGCGGACGACGUGAUAUUCGCCAUGGUUCUUCUUGCCUCCCACGGGAGUGGUGAGAAGGUGACGGCGCCCCACCACAGGGAGAAAAGAGCGCUCGCUGCCGCUCAAGAUGCCCAGUUCUAUGCCAGCAUGGAGUAUGAAUGGACGCAUAUGAACGCUUUGAUGGGUAUCCUUCAAAAGAAGGGUGGUUUGCGGGAAAUCUCCGUUCCUGGUCUUGUAUUUGCGCUAGCCUCCUUUGACACUCACACGGCAAUGAUGUUUCAGUCCAAACCGAACUUUCCACUACUGAUGCCAUCGGCACCUGUUAUAAAAUCCUGGCCGUCAAGCUCAACACGCAGUUCAGCAUUCCAGCGGUCAUCGCAACUUAUCCUCGGCUUCGAGUUCCUCUCCUCUAUGGACUUACCCCAAGCAGGACAUCUACUCGAUGUGUUUCGAAACAUGCGCGAUAUCGUUAUCGGCUUCAAUUGCUACCAGUUAUGUGACUCAGACGCACCUAGCAUCAAACAAAUCAUCUUUGCACGCAAUCUCAAUCAACACGAACUCAUUAGCAUGGACAAUUUAUGGCUUGAUGGAUCCCAAGGUUACGAUUCACCAACAAGCACAUCCGCCGUUGGAUACUAUUCACGAGAUAUUGUCUUGUACGAAUUGUCUCGGAUCUCUGCGCUGGUCUUCCAGAUCGUAGUUCUCCUACCAAACCUCCACAGCGUUCAGGCUGUCACGUCAGGUUACGCAAAGCGGUUGCGCGAUAUACUAACUUGUUGUCAGACCCUACUCGGAUCUUAUGAUAACAGUGUAGACCGUGAUCUGUUGCUUUGGGCGACCAUUGUUGGUGCCUGGCUCACGCAAGAGUUGAGUGAGAGAGCGUGGUUCAUCGAACACCUAACAACUGACAUCGUCCCAUAUGCAGUGCCUGGAAAUGUAAGUGAGCUUCAAGAAUCUGGCGGACAAUCCUGGAAGCUGGUGCGAAACAAGAUGAAGAAAUUUUUCUGGCUCGACAGUGAGUGUGAAGUCCCCUGCAGGUUGAUUUGGGAAGAAGUGGAGGCUUCAGUGAUGCCAGAUGCGCAAUGCGUGAUUUGCUGA